CAUAAUAGUAAAAUAUUAUGGUGAUGCCUUGGUGCCUGCCAAAGAUCUAUGCUAGGAGGAUGUGUAUUCUAUAUCAUCACUUUUUAUUUAGGGUGGACUGAUUGACAGUGUUGAAAAACCAGCCUGGUCUUUUCUGGGCCCUAACAGAAAAAUGUUCUUGCAGAGCUUUCCUGACCACGACGUGCUGGGCCAGGCUUUUGAAGAUGCCCUAGAAGUGCUGCAGCAGCACUCUGACAAAGAAAUGCAGUGUCCACCAGGUUAUAAAAACUGCCUGACUGUGAUCAACCAUCACCACCACCUCCGAGCAAGCCCCAGUUACUGUGCAGCACCAUCUGGGGAGGAGCAAGGGUAUAGCUGGAGAAACGUGAUUAACAAUGCAGCAGAUUUUUAUGGAGAUGAGACUGUCUACAAUACACUGCAGAAUACUCCAGAAAGUCAAGUGAUGCAUGCUGCUCCUGGCCAGCUAAAAGCAGGGAAAGGUAGAAAAAAGCUUCGGCUAUUUGAAUACCUCCAUGAGUCUCUGUAUGAUCCUGCUAUGGCAAACUGCAUUCAAUGGGUGGAUAAGCCAAAUGGUGUCUUCCAGUUUGUCUCCAAAAACAAGGAGAAACUUGCAGAACUAUGGGGAGAAAGAAAGGGAAACCGCAAGAUCAUGACCUAUCAGAAGAUGGCCAGAGCACUGAGGAAUUAUGGAAGAACAGGUGAAAUCAUUAAGAUCCGUAGGAAGCUGACAUACCAGUUCAGUGCUGUUGUUUUGAAGAGACUUGCCCCAUCUUAUUUCUUGGGAAAAGAAACAAUUUAUCACCCCUACAUUCAAUCUAAUCAAGAAUAUCAGUGUGCAGAUGACUGGACCAGUUACAAUAAUUACAUGUACAACAAUGGUUAUGCAUUACAGCAUGCUAACAGCUAG